UGAUGACCAAGCUGAUAACAGAGACACCUGACCAGCCAAUCCCAUUUCUAAUUGAUCAUCUUCAGUCCAAACAGGGAAACCGCAGUCAGCUUCAGAGAACCUUGUCUGGAUCUGCUGCCCUUUGGGCAGAGAGUGAAACUUCAGAAAAUAAAGGAACGAGGAGAGAUUUCAGAAGUUAUGAUAAACCUUGGCAGGUAAAUGCAAAGAAGCCUAAAAAAUCAAAGAGUGACCUUGCUGUGUCCAACAUUUCUCCACCAUCACCGGAGUCCAAGUCAUUGCCAAGGUCAAUAGAGCAUCCUAACUGGGAUUGGAAGACAAAACCGGAGAGCCAUGAUUUUGAUGAACUAAAUCAUAUUCUUCAAGAGAGCAAAAAACUUGGAAAAGCCCUUGAGAAUCUGUCUCGCAGCAUUGCAAUUUCUGAUGAACUUGAUAAGGACACAGCAGGUUUUAACACUCCCCUUCUCAGACCUCGUGUAAUUGGAGAGUGGGUUGGUCGUGAAGAGAAUGAUGCAGAUCCACUGGCUGCUGAGAUGUUGCAACCACCGAUACCAAGAAGUAAAAAUGAACAGUGGGACAGUGAGGAUAGCAGCAGUCCUGGAGGAAGCUUAAAAAUGGAGCCAAAGACCAAAGGACUAAAACAGCAACAGCAGCAACAUAAGAAACUGCUGGCUGCCAUGCUUUCUCAGGACUCCUUUGAUUCUGCCCAAAGCACAGCUCCAUCUGUAACCGAAGAAGAUAUUGACAAUGAAGAUGAUGCAAUGGAACUGUUGGAGGAUCUUGAUGAUCUAAGAAUGGAAGGAGUAACAAGUGUGAUGUCUUCUGGGAGCAAAUUCAAUCAAACUCGAAGCACUCAUCCUGCUGAGCCUCAAGCAAAGGUCACAUUGAAUAUCUGCGCAAGAUGUGCCAGAUUGCAAGGAGAUAACUUGGCAGAAAGACCAGAAGAUGGCUUAGCGGUGUCUGACACUCCUGAGCCGACAAUGUCAGACUCUGAUGCUGGAGUAUCUGGGGUUGAAACACUAAUGGAAGAUAUUGAUGAAUUUGAGAGUGCCCCUCAAGUAGCAGGAUCUUCACAGCCAGUUUGGACCCUGGAUGCCCUGGGUAUCAGAAGUGGAGGUUCCCCAAGACAGAAACUCAUAAAGGACUCCUUAGCAGCAAAAGAACUGAAAACCAUGGAAAAACACCUCGCUGAUAUUGAAAAGGACCUAGCACUAUGGGAAGAAGCAAGACUGUUGAGAAGUCCUAGUAUCCAACAUCCUAGUUUAGUUACAUCUGACCAUCCAGGCAAUUUUCAAGCUACACAAGGCCAAAAUCCAAGGCCUCAGGUAUCAACUCAAAUGGGGAAAAACAUUCACCUCCAAGGAAACAAAUCCCCUCCAUUGCCCGCUAACAGCAGAACACAGGUCUCCAGUAUGGCGAACAACAGGCCUCCCACGCCCAACGCACAAGCCAAUAGGCCUCCGACUCCGUCCACUCCGGGAAGCAGACCUGUGACCCCAAACAGCUUGCUGUCACGACCCCUUACUCCUAUCAACCAGGGAAAUAAGGAAGGCGUCAUUAGUAUACAAAGAAGCAGAUCUCUGACAUCUAAGAGCCAACUGGGGAGGACCCUCAGCGCUGCUUCAGGGCUCUCUGUGCAAAUGAGUGGAGACAUUGUUGGAACUGUCACUACUCAGAGAAGCAGUUUAUCAGAAGAUGAAUUCUUACAACAGCUUCAGCUUGCUCAUCAACCUUGGAUAUUGCCGAGUGACACAGAAAAUGAAGGAGUAGAAGCUGACCAAGACAAAUGUUUGUGAAAUCAGUGGGAUUAUUGAAGAACAGUUUAAUUAAAACAAAAUAAUGAUGAUCAAAACUACACCUGAAAAUUUACUUUAGGUUAUACAUAAUCAUUUAAAAUCAAGUUAUUAUUCUAGUAUCGGUGAUAUGUAAGUGGAAUUACUCUAAUAUGUGGAUGCUGUAAUGCAUUGAAGCAGAGUAUUUACUGUGGUACAGUGGCCUUAGGAAAGAAGGGUAACUGUUGCCUUUUAGUAUAAAGUUACUGUAAUGUUUUCAUUUAGUAUAUACCCCUGUUACUUUGGAUUGACAUUUGAUAAACUAAACUGCCUGGUCAAAAUAAACUUUGCCUAGAGAUUUUAUGUAUUUUAACUUGUCUAAGGUUUUUCUACUCCUUAUAUUUUUGUAAUCUUUACUCUUUUUUAGAUUAAUAAACAUUAAAGUAUUCGCCCACAUCUGCCAAUAUGUAUGUCCCAUUCAGGUCUCACAGAGAACUAGCUGUUCACUCAUAGUCACCUGCAGCGAGAGGUCAGGAAGGGGGAGAGUGAAGGAGUAUGUGUGCGGGUAGCCAAAACAGGUGUUGCCUGUGUCACACAGCUUUGUAUUGCCUUCACCUACUUUGAUCUUUAAAA